UUGUUGACGUUGUAUAUUUUUGGAGGCCCACAGAGUUGGCACAGAGUAAUGCUUAGGACAUUUCAGCUACUUGUUCGCAUUAUUGCAGCUUCAUUCCGUGCAGAUUCGUGGGAUUGUCGAAGAUAAAUGAACGAGCUCAUGUAAAAAUAAAGGUGUAGAACAGGAUGAGCUGGUUCGACACAACUGGUUUUGCCAAUUUGGCAAAGUCUGCUCUGAAGGAGGCCCAAAAAACCUUUGACAAGGCCCUGGACCUGCCAGACAUUGAAGAAAAACCUUCAGUGGAUGACAACAAGGGAAAGGAUGACUCUGAGAGUUUCUUCUCUGCAUUCGGCCUGGGCGGCAGCAGCAGCAGCGGCUCAGGAGGGACCGGGGUCGGGCCAUCAGCGACCUCCGCCGGUGGAUCCGAGAGGCUGGCUGCCUCGCUCUGGGGUUCGCUGGGCGCCUCGCUGCUGGGGGAUACGGCAACAGCUGAGCAGCGGUCUUCCAGCAGCUCAGCUGAGCCGCCGUCCGGGCCCGUGACCUCGCCACCCAACGGGCUCACCCGCACCG